ACUAAUAUAUUACAACUAAAAAGGUUGCAGAUUCACAGAGAGAGAGACCCAAAACCAAAUCGGCUUUUGCUGUUUUGGGUCUUUCUGAGGAAGAAGAGGGUUUUGGCUAGAGAGAGAGAUGUCAGACCUAGACAGACAAAUAGAGCAGCUGAAGAAGUGUGAGCCUCUCAAGGAGUCGGAGGUGAAGGCUCUCUGUCUCAAAGCCAUGGAAAUCCUCGUUGAAGAGAGCAACGUUCAAAGGGUCGAUGCCCCUGUCACUAUAUGUGGUGACAUCCAUGGGCAGUUUUACGACAUGAAAGAGCUUUUCAAAGUAGGAGGUGAUUGCCCCAAGACUAAUUACUUGUUUCUUGGAGAUUUUGUUGACAGAGGAUUUUACUCUGUGGAAACAUUUCUGCUUCUACUAGCCCUGAAGGUGAGGUAUCCAGAUCGGAUAACUCUCAUUAGAGGGAACCAUGAGAGCCGUCAAAUCACACAGGUAUAUGGAUUCUAUGAUGAGUGCCUACGUAAAUAUGGCUCUGUGAACGUUUGGAGAUAUUGCACCGAUAUAUUUGAUUACUUAAGUCUGUCUGCCCUCAUUGAGAACAAAAUUUUCAGUGUCCAUGGAGGUCUCUCUCCUGCCAUAACAACAUUGGAUCAGAUACGAACAAUUGAUCGGAAGCAAGAAGUACCUCAUGAUGGUGCUAUGUGUGACCUCUUGUGGUCUGAUCCCGAAGAUAUUGUAGAUGGUUGGGGUUUGAGUCCCCGUGGUGCUGGCUUCCUAUUUGGUGGCAGUGUUGUUACUUCUUUCAACCAUACAAACAACAUUGACUACAUAUGUCGUGCUCAUCAGUUGGUAAUGGAAGGAUAUAAAUGGAUGUUCAAUAACCAGAUAGUUACAGUCUGGUCAGCUCCAAAUUACUGCUACAGAUGUGGUAAUGUAGCUGCAAUCCUCGAGCUAGAUGAGAAUCUUAACAAGCAGUUUCGUGUGUUUGAUGCUGCUCCACAGGAAUCGAGAGGGGCCCCUGCCAAGAAACCUGCACCAGAUUACUUUUUAUGAAACCAAUUCAGUAUAGUGUCACUUUUUAUCAUUCAACAUGCUUGCAUUGAUAGGCAAGAAGAUAUACGGUCACAUGGAGAUCUCGUGUAAUACCAAAGGAACAGGGGUGGAAUAGAGGUUGGCUGCUUAAUGAUCAGUUCCCUGAAAUGAUCACCAAGGGGUGUACUUUCCAGUUCGUGAUCGGUUUAGAUUAUUGGGUUUACAUUUCUUGUUUGUCUGCUUCUACCAUCUUUGUUGUUAAUGUAUAAUUGUAGCAUGCAUUGCAUAGUCUAUGCCAGUGAAUCAUCGAAUAUAGAAUCCCUAUCCUUGUUCAUUUGAUGGUAGAGAGAGACAGGUCUUGGAAAGGAAAAGCUCUGGUUCCAUCAAUAGGAGUAUGAAUAGGAAGUACUGGCUUAGGAAAUGAGGAGGGAAUUAUUCUGAACAUCCAUAGAAAAAGACAUCAUGUUGGGUUUUGUUUGUCCUAUUGGACAAUAAAAGUUCCUCACGAUUAUCUUCUUCUAUAUGUUACAUUAAUUGUGAGACUUUGAAUAGUCUACUAAAGAUUCAUAGCCAAUCCCAAAAUUAUGGGAUUAAGGCUUGAUUGUUAUUGUUGCUAUCUGCAUGUAAAACUCUGCUGCCCCUUACGUACCACUAUACUAGUACUCAGGACCUCACCCCAUUUUGACCGAGAAAAAGUUGUAAUGCAUCAAGUGAACUGUGAGAAUAUUUUUGAAAGAUAUGUCCAAUAUCAUGGAUACCAUUUUCUUUCCCAUGAUUA